AUGCCCCUUUCAAAAGAAUACACCGAAGGACAGCUGAAUUACUUCAGAAUUUGCUAUGCAUGUACUGAUAUUCUAGCCGAAGGUCUGAGAGAAAUUUUUAAACAAGAAUGGGACAAACAGCACAAAUUAACAAAAGGAGAAUGGAAAGACGAACCUCGGAAUGGAAUGGAUUUUUAUGACGGGGAGUCUCCCCGAAACCAAAGAAGAAAUGCUCAUCUUUUGGCCACGAUGCGAAACGGAAACAGAGGAGAAUGGGAUUGUACAAUGCUUUUUUACGCUAUUCUUUCCUCCGAUUGUGUUGGGUCCAGCCUUAGCGCAAAUGUGAGGAAUAAUGUGGAUAAUCUUAGACGUUUCAGGAACCAAGAAUUCGCUCAUUUAACACAAGGUAGGCUAUCUGACAGAGAUUUUCAGAAUGCCAUUAGCAAAUUUGAUAUGACGUUUCAAGCUCUUGGUCUACCCACUGAAAAAAUUCAAGAGCUCAAAAUUCAGGGAAUGCCUGCAACAAAAGAAUUACAAGAAGUGCUAAAAGAGGUUGAUGAUCUUAAACAGGAGGUCCGGACGCAGGUCCAGGCCCUUGAAAAUGAGCUGCGGAAAAAAUCACCCUCAUUUUGUAUUCUCCCUCUAAAACCUUCACACGCUAUCGGUGGUCGUGAACGCGAAGUCUCCGAAAUAGCCCAGCAGCUGAGAAAGCUAAAGGAGUCCACUGUCAACAGACUGAGUUGUUUAUACAUCUCAGGGAAUCCUGGAAGCGGAAAGUCACAGUUAGCCGGCCUCGUAGCUGAGAGGUUCUUUGACGAGGCCAAAGAAAUCCCAGGCAGUUCUUCAUUUGUGAUGACCUUAAAUGCAGCUUGUCCAGAUUCACUCUUGGAGUCAUAUGUCUCAUUCGCUCUUCAGUUAAAGUGCCCAGACUAUUCUGUCGUGGAAAUCCUCAGCUCCAAGGACUGGAAUGUAGAGGAGAAGAUCACUCAUCUUGAGAUGCUGAUUGCUAUAAAAAUCAGAUGUUACACGUCUUGGCUACUGGUUGUUGACAAUGUCACAACUAUGUCAUCUGUACAUUUUCGUCUAUCACAGUUUGGAAAUGCGGCUUGGGCGAAGGGUCAGUUGCUGAUUACAACUCAGGACACGAAAUCAAUCCCUCCAAUGUGUUCUUUCGUAAAUCAUAUCUCAGUAAGCAAAGGUAUGGAUCCAGUCGAUGCCUGUUCCUUAUUAGUCAAGCUUUCGGGGAUUCAAGAUAACGAGAUAGUGACAAAAGUGGCGCAAAAACUGGACUAUCAACCUCUUGCUUUAGCAGGCGCUGCUCUCUUUGUCAAGGAGAUUCGACAGGCCAAAAACUCGACGCAUUUUAGCUGGAACGAAUACCUGAAGAUGUUAGAAGAAGGUAAAAGAGAAACGUCAGAGGAUACACUCGCAUAUACGAACCCAACUUACCCAAAGUCAAUGACAGAAGCAAUAAACCUAGCUGUCAAAAGACUAAUGAGAUCUGACGAACUUUUGAAGCAUAUUUUCACCUUCCUUUCCCUCUGCGCACCUGAACAAUUAAACGUGGACAUAGUAAUUGGCUACAUCAUAAAAGUCCUGAAAACAUGUGAUGAAGCCGAUAAGGAACAAAUAUGCACGAGAUUGAGAAGAUGCUCACUUUUGCUUUUCGAAGAUGACCAAGAUGGUUACUUCAUACGUGUGCACCAAGUUGUGCAUGAUGCUAUCAAAAAUGUGAUAAAUAGCACUGCAGAAGGUCAAAGCCCUCAGGUCGUAAAUGGCGUUAUUACAUCUUUUGACAUAUUUAUAGAUGCUGUUCCACUUGUGAGUAGAAGAUUGGAAACAAUGCAUAUCGUUCCACACUUGAAAGCUUUGACCAUGCUAGCUGACAGAGUGCUCGUGAACGAAAAUUCUUUCCAAGUUCAUGGUAAAGACUUAUCAGAUAGAUGCGAAAACCUUGCAGAGAUUUGCGAAAUGCAUUGCGAAUUUUAUGUCGCAAAAGCUUAUUUGGAAUAUUCUCUUUCUAUAAAGAUUGACAGGCUGGGCCCUGAACAUGUUGAUGUUACCUGGAGCUACAAUAAAUUAGCCAAAAUUUACAUGGCGUUAGGUGACCUUGUGCAAGCAAGGGAGUAUCAGGAACGUGCUCUAGCUAUCCAGCUCGAGAAGCUCGGCCCGGCACCUGUUUCUGUUGCAACAAGCUACAGUAAUAUGGCUUCAAUUUACUUGAACUUAGGUGACCUUCGACAAGCUAUGGAGUAUCAACAACGUUCUCUCACUAUCCAAUUACAGAAGCUUGGCCCGGAACAUGUUUCUGUUGCAUCAAGCUAUAGUAACUUAGCUUCAAUUGUUAUGGCCAAUGGUGACCUCGAGCAAUCCGAGGAGUAUCAGCAACGAGCUUUAGCCAUCCAGCUCAAGACGCUUGGUCCGGAACAUGCUUCUGUUGCAUCAAGCUACAAUAAUUUAGCUUCUAUUUACCUGGAAUCAGGUGACCUCGAGCGAGCAAAGAAGCUUCAGGAACGUGCCCUAACUAUAAGACUUCACACGCUUGGCCCGAAACAUGUUGAUGUUGCAACAAGCUACAAUAAUUUAGCUUCCAUUUUCAAAGCCUUUGGUGACGUACAGCAAGCCAAGGAGUAUCAGCAACGUGCUUUAGCCAUCCAGCUCGAAAAGCUUGGCCCUGAACAUGCCUCUGUUACAUCAAGCUACAAUAACUUGGCUUCAAUUUACCUGGCCUUAGGUGACCUCGUGCAAGCCAAGGAGUAUCAGCAACGUGCUCUAGACAUCGAAAUCAGGAAGGUAGGCCCGGAAGAUGUUUCCGUUGCAACAAGCUUCAAUAAUUUAGCUACCAUUCACCUGGCAUUAGGUGAUCUCGAGCAAGCCAAGAAAUAUCAGCAACGUGCUCUUGCUAUCCAGCUCGAGAAGCUCGGCUCUAAACAUGUUUCUGUUGCAUCAAGCUACAGCAACUUAGCUUUAGUUUACCUGAACUUGGGAGACCUCCAGCAAGCCAAGGUGUGUCAACAGCGUGCUUUAGCAAUCCUGCUCGUGAAACUCGGCCCAGAACAUUAUUCUGUUGCAACAAAUUACAACAACUUAGCUUCAAUUUUCAAGGCCUUAGGUGACCUCGAGAGUGCCAACAAGUAUCAGCGGCGUGCUCUAGCCAUCGAAAUCAAGAAAGUCGGUCCGAAAAAUGUAUCUGUUGCAACAAGUUACAAUAACUUAGCUUCAAUUUCCAAGGCCUCAGGUGACCUUGAGCAAGCUAUGGAGUAUCAGAAACGUUCUCUCGCUAUCCAAUUAGAGAAGCUUGGCCCGGAACAUGUUUCUGUCGCAUCAAGCUAUAGUAACUUAGCUUCAAUUUUUAUGGCCAAUGGUGACCUCGAGCAAUCCAAGGAGUAUCAGGAACGUGCUUUAGCCAUCCAGCUCAAGACGCUUGGUCCGGAACAUGCUUCUGUUGCAUCAAGCUACAAUAACUUAGCUUCUAUUUACCUGAAAGUUGGUUACCCCGAGCAAGCCAAGGAGUAUCAGCUACGUGCUCUUGAGAUUAGACUAGCCAAGCUUGGUUCUGAACACGUUGAUGUUGCAACAAGCUACAAUAAUUUGGCUUCAAUUUACAAGGACUUAGGUGGCCUCGAACAAGCCAAGGAGUAUCAGCAACGUGCUUUAGCCAUCCAGCUUGAAAAGCUCGGCCCUGAACAUGCUUCUGUUGCAUCAAGCUUCAAUAACUUAGCUUCAAUUUACAAAGCCUUAGGAGACCUCGAGCAAGCAAAGGAAUAUCAGCGGCACGCUUUAGCCAUCUUGCUCAAGAAGGUCGGCCCAUAA